AUGGCUGCGUUAUUUAUUUUGUCAAGGUAAUUUACUAGUCUUUUUUGGAGCUUAUUGCUUGAAGUUGAUCGUUUAUGGAGCUUGUAAAUAACUUCUAUUCGUUGAACUUGCAGUAGAAAUGAAAGAAUACCGUUUCCAAAGCCUAAACCUACACCUCUUGUAUUGAGAAGGUAAGCCAAAAAAUCGCCUCCAUCUGCUCUUCACACCGCGAAAGCCUCUACUCGCAAAGUUUCGCAAGGCAGGCUGAACCCAUUAUUUUAUGCACCACAUUGAAGCUUCUCUUCUUGUUCUUUCUUGUUCGAUAACAGUGCACUAAAGCUGAAAGAAAACUUGGAAGAAAGUAAACUUGGUAGUAGAGCAACCAGAUGUACCAAAGAAGGUUCGAUGAAAGAAAAACAGUUCAGGCCUCUUGAUAUUGUUAUCAGUAGAAGAAACCUCCAUGAAAAGUUACAUUCUGCCCGCGCUGCAAAGAAAAGAAAAGGCUUUCAAGGUGUAUUAGUUGGUAAGAGCACUAGUGACUAUCACUCACACCUUGUACAGAAGUAUGGUCACCAGGGAUUUUACUAGGUUACCCCCCCUGGCCCCUGCAAGUAGGAUCAACUUUUUCCCCUAAGUUUGAUUUGGAGUAACCCUUGCAGGAGGGCCGUCAACUCAAGCGUAAUCAAGCUGCAAAUUAAUAAAUGGGAGCUAAAAUGUUGUGAAUAGGUGGUAUUUUCGUGAACAUUUUUGAAUUCAAGAUCACAGAGCACUGAAAAGCUACAACAGAAGACACGAGUGCAAGCAAAUUGUCUGACAUUUUGUCCACACUUGAUUCAAAUUCCAUGGCAAGAUAGCCCUUGCGUUAAGCCCUCUUAUUUAUAAAGGGGAGCUUGCCAUCAUUUGACCAUUCUACAGCUAGACCAGGUAGCCCUCCAGGCCCCAGUUCUAAGGGUGGAUAAUGCUAUCCAACCACAGGGACCAGGAGGUAGGGUUACUUUCCGUCUAUGUUGCAGGGAAACACUAGAUUGAGAACAAUUACUUGGAAAACAGAAACACAAAAACAAAUUUUUAGGUCAGUUGGAACACUCCCACUUUUCAUUUGACACUAGCAAUAAUGUUUCCAGGUAUCUCCUCAAGGAGAUGCCCUGAUACUCAGGAUAAAUGGUAAUUAUGUACCAAACGAGCAAAUUGUUUUUCAGACACUACAGUUUGCUUAAGAAAUUUACCUGUUCCAUCACUGGUAUUUGUACCUCCACAGAUAAAAUGUCAUUUCCAGAAAACCUUGAUGCCUGCUUUCACCUGGGACAGCUAGACGGCAGUGGUAUGAGUGGACCUGAAAAUUUCCCUGCAGACUUGCCAGAUGUAAGGAAAACAAAAGGUAAAUAGUGUAAUAGUUAGUUCUAGGUCUGUACAUGGCUGGUUGAUAACUUCUUCAAAUUUAAUUUAAUUAAUUAAGAAAAAAUAUAAUAAAUUUAUUUUACGGGCUGAAAAGUUUUUUGUUUUUCACAUUAUAUGCAAGACAGUGAUUAAAUUGUCUCAGGUGGAUUACAAGACAGUAUCCAUGGAAUAUGGGUAAAUUUUAGUCAACUUUUAUGUGGGUGGCACUUUUCAUGCUUCCUGGGAAAAAACAGGGGAGAACUAGUAAUCCAAGUGCAGUUCCUCUGCAACCAAAAAAAUGUUUUUUUUGCAGGAACGUCAAUGAAAUUGUCAAAAAGCCCAAAAAUAGACAAAGGGACAAGUAAAAAGGUUCUCAUGAAGAAGGGGAACCAGCAGCCCUUAUCUUCAGAGUUCCUAGAACUCCAGCUUUUACAAGAAUCUCAGAUAACACAAGAAUUUCCGUCACAUUUUAUCAGACCUGGAGCAAAGCAUGCAGCUAUCCCGCCUAUAAGUCACCAGAUUUCAAGUCCUACCCCAUAUGAUGGUACCAAUACUAUGUUCCAAGAUUUUAAAGUUCCUGAAACUCCACUUGUUCAUCAAAUACCAUGUACUUCAGGAAAACCACAAUGUAAAAUAGCAUUACAUCAGAAUGAAAAAGUAACCUGA